AGAGACAGAGAAUAAAUAGAGACACGUGAGGACAGAGACAGAGAAUAAAUAGAGACACGUGAGGACAGAGACACAAGAUGAAAAUGAAGGGACGGAUGAGUUGAAGGCUGCGCGUAAAGACAGAAACUGGGAGAAACUUCGCGCUUCGGCAGGGAAAGAAAAAAGGGAAUCAGCAGUAGGUGAGAUUUUCCUUUUCCUCCCGCUGCAGCAUGGAGGAGUCCGGAGGGUCUCUCGCUCUGGCCAAAUCAGCUGCUCAGAAACUUUCCGAGAGGACAAAGCAGCUCGGCGGGGCGGUGCACGACCCCGAGCGCCAGCGGAGGAUUAUCUUAGUGAUCGUGUGCGUGGCGCUGCUCUUAGACAAUAUGCUGUACAUGGUGAUCGUGCCGAUUAUCCCAGAUUAUCUGGCCGACCUGGAGAGCGAAAAUGAAGCAAAGACACACAGUAACACCUCCUCUCUCAGCACCAAGGAGAACCUGGAUGUAAAGAUAGGAGUUCUAUUCGCCUCCAAAGCCAUUGUCCAGCUUCUUGUGAACCCUUUAUCAGGGACAUUUAUUGACCGGGUGGGUUAUGACAUCCCACUCCUGAUUGGGCUAACGGUCAUGUUCUUAUCCACCAGUGUGUUUGCAUUUGCUGAAAACUAUGUCACAUUGUUUAUGGCACGCAGCCUACAGGGUCUUGGUUCAGCGUUCGCAGACACAUCAGGCAUCGCCAUGAUCGCUGACAAGUACACAGAGGAGGCAGAACGCAGUCGUGCACUCGGUAUUGCCCUGGCAUUCAUAUCAUUUGGCAGCCUCGUGGCACCACCGUUUGGUGGAGUGCUGUAUGAGUUCGCCGGCAAGCGUGUACCAUUCAUCGUGUUGGCAUGCGUGUGUCUAGCUGAUGGUUUGAUGCUGCUCACUGUGAUCAAGCCCUUCUCAGAUCGGUCACGUGAGAACAUGCCCAUCGGCACUCCCAUCCACAGGCUCAUGAUGGACCCGUACAUUGCAGUGGUGGCAGGUGCACUUACGGUGUGCAAUGUGCCGCUGGCCUUCCUCGAACCCACGGUGUCCAACUGGAUGGAGACCACGAUGCACGCCAGUAAAUGGGAGAUGGGCAUGACAUGGCUGCCUUCCUUCUUCCCGCAUGUUCUGGGCGUGUAUAUGACGGUCAAACUGGCAGCCAAGUACCCACACCUGCAGUGGUUCUACGGUGCUCUGGGCAUGGUGAUCAUCGGUGCUAGCUCAUGCACCGUGCCUGCUUGCAAGAACUUCGGACAGCUCAUGAUGCCGCUGUGCGGUAUCUGCUUUGGGAUCGCGCUCGUCGACACGGCACUGUUGCCCACGCUGGCCUUCCUCGUUGAUGUCCGUUACGUGUCUGUUUAUGGCAGCGUAUAUGCCAUAGCAGACAUCUCAUACUCUGUGGCCUAUGCCAUGGGGCCCAUUGUGGCCGGGCAGAUCGUCCAUAACCUGGGGUUUGUCCAGCUCAAUUUGGGCAUGGGCCUCGUCAACAUGCUCUAUGCUCCCGCUCUGCUUGUGCUGCGCCACGUCUGCCAGAUGAAGCCGUCCUUCUCUGAGCGGAACGUGCUGCUGGAGGAGGGUCCCACAGGACUCUAUGACACCAUCAAGAUGGAGGAACGCAACUUAAAAAGGAAAGGACUGAGCACCACCACAAACAUCAACACUACAACCAGUGCUCUGCCCAUUGAGGACGGAUUCGGAUCGAGAUCGUUCUCAGAGGAGGAGUCGUCUGGACCAGAGUACACUUAACAUCAUACACUUACAUUCUCUAUAAAGGUUAGAGAAGGAGUAAGAGAAGGUUCUUUACACAUUAAUACAUUCUAAUACAUAUUAAAUGAUGUAAGUUCCUGAAACAAAUUUACUUUGUUUCUCAUAUAAUUAUAAUGAUUUUUUCUUGGAGGUUUUUAACACAGACGUGUCACAGUUGAUACAAGCUGAAACACCCUUAAAGGAUUUUCACGUUUGGUUUCCUAAGUAACAUUUUAUGUCUUUAUCCAUGUAGUAUCGGUGCCAUAAAGAACCUAAGAGAAAACAGGUACUUUGGGAAUGCUGCAUAGUUAUUAGUUGACUUAAAGGACACUAUUUUUUUAGAGAGGUUUCAACACAGAAACCUUCACAGAGAAAAACUGGCAAACAUUUGACUUUUUUUAGUAGUCUUUUAUAGUGCCAAUUAUAUAUAUACAUAUUAGUGAACCAAAAUCUAUACUUGGAUGUCAUUUCUAGCACUUUUAAUGUUUACAAUUAUAGUAAUAUUUAAUUUCAAAUUUAAAUUUCUCCUAAUGUCGACAUGUUACUGGUGUUCUGUGACACUGCAGAUUCAACACAGUGCUUUAUUAACGCCGUGUUAAUGAGGAUUUAAAGCAUUUCAGCCUCACACAGGAGUUUAGAUCCACACUGCUGCUCAUACUGUGAAGUUUUCAUGAAAAAGUGAACUGUAUUAAACCAUUACAUCAGACAAAACGCAUUAACGUCACCGAGCUGCUUCUCUUACAUGUAUAGAACGGAUAUGUACAGAAAAGAUCACGACAUAUUUCACAUCUAUUUCCAUACGAACAAAAACGGUAGCUUAUUUUGAUGUAAAGAAAAUUGUGAUUUUAUUUGUUGUACAAAAUAUAUUUCAGCUUUAACAAAAUCUCCAGCUAUUUAAUUAAGAAUAUCUUUUAAAUACUGAACUACAAUAUGACGUGUACAUAUCUGUAAAUCAGUGUAAAUUGGUGGUGUGUGAAUAU